UGAUUGUUUAAUCCUCUGUCCACACACGUCCCCUGACUCCAAAGCCAGUCCCAAGGUUUCCAUGCCCUGGGGACAUGGUGGAGUGACUCCUCUGUGGCCCAUGCUUGGCCCUCCCUAAAGUAGAUGCUGCUGCCACGGUCUUUAUACCGGGAUCUGAUACAAAUACCAGAGGACAUGCAGGAUGCAAGGUGGCUGAGCAGAUGGAAAAAUAGGCUGGGUUGGAAAUAUCACAUAUCCCCUGAUCUCAGCUACCUUUCAAGGAUGCCCCCUUCCCAGUCUCAGGCCAACAGCUCCUUCUUCCAGCCUCCUGCUUUUCUGAUGAUUGGCAUCCCAGGGCUAGAAGCCUUUCACGGCUGGAUCUCCAUCCCCUUCUCCUCCAUGUACACCAUGGCCCUCACUGGAAACUGCCUGAUCCUCCUGGCCAUCAGGAGGACUCCCAGCCUGCACCAGCCCAUGUACUACUUCCUGUCCAUGCUGGCACUCUCGGAUGUGGGCCUCACCAUGUCUACUCUGCCCACCACCUUGGCCGUGCUCUGGUUUGACCAGCGGCUCAUUGGCUUCAAUGCCUGCCUUGUCCAGAUGUUCUUCCUCCACUCCUUCUCAGUGGUGGAGUCCUCAGUGCUCCUGGCCAUGGCCUUUGACCGCUUUGUGGCCAUCUCCAACCCCCUGCGCUAUGCAACUGUCCUCACCAACAGUGUCAUCAUCAGGAUCGGACUGGCCACUGUGGCUCGAGCCACCAUCUCUCUCUUCCCAGGACCGUUCUUAUUGAAGCGACUCAACUUCUGCCCUAACAAGAUAGUCCUGUCCCACUCCUUCUGUUUCCAUGCAGAUGUCAUGAAAUGCGCCUGUGCUGACAUUACUGUCAACAUCCUCUAUGGGCUCUAUGUAGUUCUUUCCACGGUAGGUGUGGACUCCCUGCUUAUUGUUCUCUCCUACACCCUCAUCCUUCAUACAGUGAUGGGUCUGGCCUCUCCCAAAGAGCGUGUGCGGGCACUCAACACCUGUGUCUCCCACAUCUUAGCUGUGCUGGUCUUCUACAUUCCAGUCAUAGGGGUGUCCUUGAUCCACCGUUUUGGGAGGCACCUGCCCCACAUUGUUCACGCUCUUGUUGCCUAUGUGUACCUGGUGGUGCCCCCUGUGCUCAACCCUGUCAUCUACAGUGUGAAAUCCAAGCCCAUCAGGGAGGCCAUGCUCAGGGUGCUGAGGGACAAGAGACAGAGCUGAUGAUCUUGAUAACAACCUUGGAGUUUACAGGAACCAAGGUCAAAAAGUCUUACCUGAAGCAACAAACCCAAGAUUAAGAGUCCUCAUGCAGACAAGUCAACCAAGAGUCAACACUCAUCCCAACUGGAGAAAAAAAGUCUCAAUUCUUUCUUACACUCAUAUCUUCAGCUAUUGAAUUCAGUAUAUGUUUUGUUAAUGUCUUCCUUUUUAAACAAAUAAAUAAAAAGGAAAAAAAGAUGCUUCCUGAAAUUGGAGCAGCUUAGAACAUUGCUACUCAUGACCACAGAAUGUGUGAUCAGACCUACAGGGAU